CCGUCCGCCAUCUUCAGCCCGCAGAGCCGCCGAGCAGAUCCUUCCUCUUGGACAGCUGUCUCAUUUGCAUAGGGCACGUGACUUAUCUUCCACCAGUCGCCGCGGCUGGAUCGUCCCCCUUUUACGUCGAUGACGUAAAACCAUAACAAAAUAUCGCUGCCUUCAAAUGCUGUCAGAGUAAUUUUGCUCCAAGGCUUAAAAACUCAUGGCCGCACAACGUUAUAACGUGUUGUGUCGACAAUAGCGUGUGAGCGAUGUCAACAACAAUAUUUUUUUUUAUUUUCGUAUUAUAUGACUAUGCUUGUAUUUGAACAACAAACUCAAUGCCUCACUGCACUGUUAUCCAUUGAAUUCGGCCACAUGCUUUAAAAUCACACGAUAAGUAGCCCACUCAUCAAAAACAUGAUUUUAUUACAGAGUUAAUUGUUGUGUUUUCUAAUUUUGAAGGCGACUUUUUAAAAUGUUUUAUUAAUGCCAUGCCUGCAUUGAAUUGUCUGAACUUCGAGCUGAGUGGGAAGCUGUAGCUGAGACACUUGAAUGCAACAUGCGUCAUAAGGUUAAAACUCCAGAGAGAGAGAUCUCCCUCCGCAAUGUUAACCACCGGAGCGUUUCCCACUACCCAAUAAAAAGCCAGCUGGGGAAAAUAAUUAAAAACAUAAAGAAGAUCAACUUUGAAAAUAUAUUUGAGUGAGUGAGCCACAGCUGCAGCACCGAGGGGGAGCUUAUCAGAAACCCUUGAACCUAACAUCUGUGAACCAGAACCGCAGAUAUUCAAGCAGCUCCGUGACAAGAGACCAGACACAUUUUGAUUACAGGUUUUUAUGGAGACUAUUUUGAACUGCAACCCGGAGGACUUGGAGGAUUACUACGGGCUAUUGGGAUGUGAUGAAUUGUCGUCGACUGAACAGAUUCUCAAUGAAUACAAGAUCCGAGCUUUGGCAUGUCACCCAGACAAACACCCAAACAACCCAAGAGCAGUGGCCGAUUUCCAAAACCUGCAGGAAGCCAAAGAGGUUUUAUGCAAUGAAACCAAAAGGAAAAACUAUGACCUUUGGACAAGAAGGGGAGUUACUAUUUCUUUUCAUGACUGGCAAUCCUUGAACGACUCUGUUAAAACGUCAAUGCACUGGGCUGUGAGGAAUAAGAAGGAACCAAUGUUGGAGGCUUCAAAUGCAGGAAUCUCUGUCACUCAAGCAGACGACCUCCAUUCUGACCAAGAAGCUCCGAGGAUCUCUUCAUAUGAGGCUGUGCCUUCCGCAAGUGAUUACUGCCAUCGACGUUUCCGUUGGGCUGCUGAAACCCCAUCUAGUAUGCUGCAGAAGUUUAGAAAUUAUGAAAUAUAAACACAUAUACAGUUUAAUUUAGUUCAAAGGUGUGUGUUUUCGUAUCUUGUUGUUGUGACAGUUGGGACCCUGUUGAUUGUUGUAUAAAAUGUGUGAAUAUGGUCUGCUGUUAGUCACUAAAGUUGUUGUUUUUGUGAGCUAAAAAAUACAUGUCUGUUGCAAGUGUCAAAUGAUUUGUCAAGCACAAAUCUGCAUAUGAGAUGAUGUGAAUAAUGUGCAAUUGUUAAUGUUCACUAACACACACAAUUAGAUAUGAUUGUGGAUUAAAGAGAGUACCCAUAA